AUGGUGAGGAUUUUGGCAUCUCCAACAACAGGAACAUUUCCAUCUCAAGCCUUCAAUUGGAAGACCAAUUCUGGAAACAAUCAGCAAAAUGUCAAAAAAGAAGAUCAAAACUUCUCUGAUUUCUCUUUCCAGACACAAACAAAACCCAACUCAACCAUGUUUCAAUCUUCUACAAUCACUGUUACAACUGCACCACCACCGCCCCAGCAACAACAACAAUGGAGCUACCAAGAAUCAACAAAGCAGGAUGUGAAAUCCGAAUACGCGUCUUCGAUGCAGAGGUUUUCCCCUGAGAUUGCAACUCUUCAAACCAACAGCAACCAAAGCAAUAAUGGGUUCCAAUCAGAAUAUGGGAACUACCAUCAGCCGGGUCAGUCCAUUAGGGAGGGUAGAAAAUCUGAUGAUGGAUAUAAUUGGAGAAAAUAUGGACAAAAACAAGUGAAGGGAAGUGAAAAUCCAAGAAGUUAUUACAAGUGUACUUACCCCAAUUGUCCAACAAAGAAGAAGGUUGAGAGAUCUUUAGAUGGACAAAUAACUGAGAUUGUUUACAAGGGUAGUCACAAUCAUCUGAAGCCUCAAUCGACAAGGCGAUCAUCGUCUUCAUCGGUUAGUUCUAAUGCAGUUCAACUUUCUGGUGAAGUCCCGGAUCAAUCACUUGCCACACACGGCAGUGGACAAAUGGAUUCUGUCGCAACCCCGGAGAAUUCUUCAAUAUCGGUCGGGGAUGACGAUUUCGAUCGGGGAUCACAGAAGAGUAAAUCUGGAGGAGAUGAGUUUGAAGAUGAUGAACCCGAGGCCAAAAGAUGGAAAACUGUGGAAAAUGAAGGCAUUUCAGCUCCUGGAAGUAGAACAGUGAGAGAGCCCAGAGUUGUGGUUCAAACAACAAGUGACAUUGAUAUUCUAGAUGAUGGAUAUAGAUGGAGGAAAUAUGGACAGAAAGUUGUUAAAGGGAAUCCAAAUCCAAGGAGCUACUACAAGUGUACAAAUCCAGGGUGUCCUGUGAGAAAGCAUGUUGAGAGAGCAUCUCAUGAUCUCAGAGCAGUGAUCACAACCUAUGAGGGGAAGCACAACCACGACGUUCCGGCAGCUCGUGGAAGCGGCAGUCGGGUGUUGCCGGACAACAGUAACAACAACAAUAACACCAAUGCAGCCAUGCCAAUGAGGGUUCCAACUGUGAACCAUCACACUAAUAACUCCAUCAACAAUCCUCUUCGCAAUUUGAGGCAACCAUCAUCAGAAGGCCAAGCACCCUUCACUCUGGAAAUGUUGCAAACCCCUGGGGGCUUCGGAUUUUCAGGUUUCGGAAAUUACAUGAAUGAGGCACAAGCCACGGACAAUUUGAUGUCAAGAGCCAAGGAUGAACCAAGGGAUGACAUGUUCUUUGAGUCAUUGCUAUAUUGA